AUGAAAGCUGUACUCUUAGGAGCGUCAUGCCAGCGGUUUGGAUGUCGUCUUGUGGCGAUUAUCGGCGGGGUCAUCGGAGCCCUUUCUACCCUAUUAGCGUCCUUCUCAACUCAACUUUGGCAGAUCCAUGUUUGUAGCACAAUUGCAGGUCUUGCUUACGGCGCUGCAUACUUCCCGAGUGGAGUAGUCAUCCGUUAUUAUUUCAAGAAACGGCUGGGAAUGGCUAAUGGGGUGACGUAUGCUGGUAUCGGAGCAGGAUUCUUCGUGAUGGCUCCCUUGCUAGAGAAACUCUGCUCGGUAUACGGAUGGAAAGGGGCCAUGUUCAUUCACGCGGCUAUUAAUGCAAAUUUCAUCCUUUGUGCAGUGGUCUUACGGAGGACUAAAAUGGAACAGAAAAUCAUGGCAGCGUACAGGUCAAAGCCAUCAAAAGCCAGUGACGAGGAUUCGAUUAACGGCGGUGACCAAUCAGCAGACUCGUUUUGUAGAAGGAUCUUGCGAAACAUCGACAAAACAUUCGCCAUCUCUAGACUCAUGAAGAACGUCCACUUUGUUACCUUGUGUCUCGUGUCAAUCCUAUCUUUCGAAGGUCACAUGUCGGUGUUAGUCUUUACAGCCCCGAAGCUGGUGCUCGAACUCGGAUUGUCAAAAGGUACGGCCAGUUUGGUGAUGUCUGCCUACGGAAUCUCAGGACUUCUUUCUCGAGCACUCCAUGGCUUCCUUCUUGAUUUCAAAUUGAUCUCGUUGACGAAUCUGUACAUACUGUCUCUGGUCAUAUCGGGGAUCCAACCAAUGUUCAACCCCCUCUUAACAUCAACUGCCGCCCAGUUUGCGUUGAUUGUGGUCUACGGAAUCGGCGCCGGCAUCAUGGUCCCCACGACGAUCUUAGUAUGUAGGAAGUACGUUCCGCUCGACGCGGUCCCCAGUGCCAUUGGACUUGUCACUGCGAUUGGAGGCCUUGGAAACGUCCUUAGUACACAGCUGAUGGGACAAUUAUCUGAUGCCACCGGUUCGUUCGCUGUCCCUUUCUAUAUAUCCGGUGCUUUCUUUUGGUUGUCGGCUAUUGUAAUGCUACUGGUCACCAAAUGCAAACGAUUCGAGGACGGUGAUCAGGAUUCAACGGUAGUCGUUCCGGAAGUAGCUGUAGCACCCAAUGGUCAAGAAGAUGUCCUGAACGUUAAACCAACUGCAUUAACCACUAAUGGUUAUCAUCAAGUUUCUACCGAUGUAUCUGAAUUAGAGAACUGGGAAUCCGCAAUUUAAUCCAAUAUUGUGCGGGCGUUGAGCUUGGUCUAGUGGUUAUGACUCGUCUUUCAAUCGGAGGGACGUCGGUUCGAAUCCAAGCCAUGGCGUGUUUUCCUUCAGCAAGAAAUUUACCCACAUUGUGCUGCACUCGACCCAGGUGAGGUGAAUGGAUGCCUGGUGGGAAGUUAUUACUUGAAACGCAGUGGGUGUAACAGCUGAUAUGCUGAAGCCAGGGUUACUAUGCCGCAACUGUAGAGCUCGAAACUUUUUAUAGAUUUUAUCCUAUACGCCAGCGCUUCUCAAACGGUGGGCCGCGAAGCUCUCUCAGGUGGGCCGAGAGAAGCUCCAACGGGAGAGAAAAAAUAGGGGAAAACUAUGAUGUAUUUCACAGACCUCUCCGAUCGGUCUACAUGGGUCAAAAACUAAAGCACAUUUUUUAAUAGGUAUCAUACAUGUUGCAAAGCAUGCACCUCGUGUGCAUGCAUAUUGUGUAUUGUGGCCCCGGGAUUGUCGCCCAUUUACCGGACAUUUGCGAAUGCAGAUUAGUCGAUUCUCAAACUGUCUGUCACAUUUCAAGAAUUUUUUUUCAUCAAAGUGGUCAAAGGUGGAAGAAAAAUAUGAGAGUCAAAGUAGUCCUCGAGUAAGAAAAGGCUGAGAAGCGCUGAGAUAUACGCCAUAUCUGGCCCUGUCAAAAGUUGUUGGCUCAUUAGCCACUAUCAUCAGUUUUAUCACUUUUUAAUCCUAUUCUUGUUUAACUGUUUAUAUUAAAGAAACCGAAUCAAUUUGUGUUGUGAACAAAUAGCGUUUGCCGAUGAAGAAUUGAAUGGCUUGCCGUUUAAUGUCGGCAUAAGAUGGCUAUUGAACCUUUAACAUCUUAAAUUAAAUCUAACUGAAAGAUCAGAUUACACCUGUAGCUGAUGGGGAAUUAAUCCAAGUUUUUGAGAAUGAUAAUAAUAGCUGGACUUAUUAAUGAUGCUUUUGCCUGAGGAUUCAAAAUGUUUGAUAUUAUUACCCGGGCUUUAGCUCGAGCUACCAUACCGGCGCUCAGUGCAUGCAAUGAAAUAAUCAUGCCGGGUACCCAUUCGCCUCACCUGGGUCGAGUGCAGCACAGUAUGCUAGAAUGUGAUUUAGCAUCAGAAAGGGCCAACAGUCUUAAAUGCAGCUCUACUAAUGCAUUGGAAAUAAACCUUUCGGCUUUCAUGGGCUAUCCUGUCAAGGUAUUCUUCAAUUUCAUUGUAAUCACCUGUGAUAUUCUUGACGAAUAAAAUCAAUCAAUCAAUCAAUCAAUCAAUCUACUAUAUAUUAUGAAACACCACACAUAAUCUAAAUGUGUAAUUCUCACUAUUUAGGGCAAUCAUUGCACUAAAACAGUGAGAAUUACAAAAUAGUGAGAACCCGGGAGGGGGUGGGGCUACUUAGUAAAAAUGAGUUGAUACGUAUGUGCCGCGGUCGACAUCCCGAAUUGUUCAGAGUUAGCCUACAUUUCAGUUCUAGAGCAUCACCAAUAUUUAGAAAGCCAUAGAAAUUCCUAUUUUCCCCAUUUCAGAGACCCUCAAGUUUCUCGUUCCGUGCGGUACCAUAACCGCUAUACACUGUAAAAACUGUGGUGUUAAAACUGACAUCAGUGGGUGUUAAUAGAGGACCACACCCUCUGGUGUUAAAAUUACACCCUAAAGAUUGUAUAUAACACCAAAGAGUGUACAUGUAACAACCAAAGGUGUUGCAAUAACACCUAUAGGUGCUAAACUAACACUGUCAAUUUAACACCGGUGUAAAAUAAUUGGUGUGGUCCUCUAUGUACAUCGGUUAACACCGCAGUUUUUGCUGUGUACCAUGUACGAUAUAUUGAGUUCCGGAGACCCCCAUUUUUUAUGUGGUCAUUCCAAUUAAAGGUAUUGUUUAACUUUGUGAGCAGCCGAUUAAAAAAAUUCUCAAACCAAGAUGAAACAUGUGUACAAGUGCAUGUAUUAGAACUAAUAAACCCUGAAAACAACCAUUAUUGAGAAUGAAAAGCUAAAACUACAAGGCAAACCCCGAUUUUGUAAAUAGGCGUCUUAUAGACGCCUAAAUAGUACACGUUAGUGUAUGGGGUGAAAUUAAGAUGGUGUUUUCGGUCACUUUAUAUUUCAAUUUUUGAAGCACUAAAUAAUUAUUUUCGAACGCAAUUUUUUCUGGGCUUCAUUUUUGUAACAUAUCACAGACACAGGUGACAAGUGUGACCUUCUAGCUCAGAUUUUGCAAAAGUCAAACCAAUGUUAACCAAUCACUUUAAAGCAUUGCAUUUUUAGCAAUCAUUGAUCUGAGAGCCAUUUUAAGACCAAGAUUUAGUUCCAGAGCCCCCUAUUUUCGUCUAUGGUGUGGCACAUAAUAGGUAUCAUGUUAUAAUACUAGUAGCCCCCCCCCCCCCCCGAGUGAGAUCUAUAAAAUAAUGACAUUUGGUCUUUUCAUUAUUUUGUAGUCAAGUUAUUAAGUUGUCUGUCAUGUCAAUUUAAUGAUAAAUGUGUCAACAAAAUUGUUUAAUAAAGACAUCAUUCCUACACUAUUAUA